UGUGUUGAAACUUCAAAUAACUUUAUGGUUGUUUGGAGCUCAAAAUUCAUAUGAAAUUCAUGGUGAAAAAAGGAGAGUUGAUCUAGCAGUUAAAAAGGUGGAUUUGGGCUACAAAUUCGAUUGACAAUUCAGAAAGUAACUGAAAUUCAAAUAGUUACUUUAGAUUUUGCAAAUUUUUAUUUAAUUUUGAAUUACUAUCAGAAGUUAUGGUAUGAUUAUGUUGUGAUCAUACACAUAAUCUGCUUUAAUUGUUGCUGUUUUUCUGUAUAAGGUAUGGAGAUCUUGUGUGAUCUAUACAAUUAGAUGCACAUUUCAGUUUGAUGGUGUGUGAUCUUUUAGAUAUGAUUUACCAUCUUCAAAUGAACAGGCUGUGAUUUAGAUGGCAGUGAUCAUGGCUAAAGAUGAGCAAACAUCUAGGUGUAGCAAUGGCAGUAGCAGUGGUGGCGGCGAUGGCGGUGGUAGUAGUCAUAGAUCUUCCAAGAAGUUGAAGCAUAAGAAAGUGCCACAGAGAGGAAUGGGUGUGGCUCAGCUUGAGAAGAUUAUAUCGGAGCAACGACAGAAAAAUCAAAAUCCCCAAAGUCAUGGGUUGGACCACCCUAGAUUCACUGCAGGCUUUACGGCAAAUCUUGGUGGUUUCAGUUACGAAUCGAAUCCACCUUUCUGGUCUCCUGCCCCUAAUCUAAUGCUGCAAAGAUCACAACAAUUGCAGCAACCUUUUUCUUCAUCAAUGGUGAAUGUUCCUGUAGGAACUUCAUCAACGUCUUCGUCAUCUGUUCUAAAUAUUCAGAUGGAGCCCCCUUCAAACCAAAGCUAUUAUGGCAUCAACUACCAUCCUUUGUGGCAGGAGGAAGAGAAGAUGGUUGGCAUGAAACGGCCAUACCCCUUUUUGUUGGAAAACAGGCCGAUGCCAUCUUUUCACGGCAGAUUUCCUUCUGCAUAUGUGUCUCCAAUCUCCGGAUCAGAUGAAUCUGCUUCUUGUGGCAAUGGAGGUACUACUAGCAUAGAACUCGCACAUCCAUAUUUCAGAGAAAACGCUUCAAGCUCAAGUGCCAAAUCUGAUGCGAUUACGAUGAAAUUCAUCGAAGAAAACCAAGUUCUGAGUAGAGAUUUUCUCAAACUAGCUCCUCCUCAAGCACCCCAAUCAAAUUCAAGUUCGAAAGAAAAAUUAUAUCAAAAUGACCAAUCAGAAGAUCCUAGCCAUUUGUCUGGAAAAGGCGGAUCAAACCUACCGCCGUUUCAUGGUUUCUUUCCGGCUGCAAUAACACCUAUGGAGCAGCCAGAAAACAGCAAUGGUGAGGCAGAGGAAAGUGUUGAUCUGAAUUUGAAGCUAUAGAAGAGUUUCUUUGUUUCUUUA